ACCCAGUCAAUAAGAGGCGGUCAAAGGAAAAACCAACGUGAAAUGAUAUAUUAUUAAAAAAGAAAAAGAAGGAGUCGUCACUUGGUAUAAAUCCAGAUAAAGGAAGGAAACAUUAAUCGCUCGCUCGCUCCAAUUUCUCCAUUGCUGCACCUCGCGAUUGGACAAGAGAUAAUAAUUGAUUAAAAGAGCAGAAGUUGAGGAGUAAGAUAGAGAGAUGGCCAGGAAUGAUAUCAGGCAAGUUAGGACAAGUGGGAGCAAAAGGAAUGAAUCAGCACUGGCUCGAGUAAUGAAUGAGGUCUUUGCCUUUGUACGCUUCGCUGAAUUUGAGAUCUUCUUCAUUCUGUUCUUUCUCAUUGCUUUUUUCUUCUUCAAGAAUCUCACGUCCAGGCCUGAGUACAAUCAAAUCCUUGUAAAGAAGCCUGGUGGUGCUGACUUUCUGCCUUACUAGGAAGGCAUUGGAAGAGUGGCUUAUUGUAGCCACCCCACCCCCUCUUGAUUUGCCGAGGGUUUAGUUGUUCUGUUAUAGAUUUUGCUCUGGUGCUACCAUAUGUUGUGUUGUAUGAUAAUUUCUGUAACAUUUCUUUUCAAGAAAAAUACUGUUCACUUAUUCAAAUUGGAUGUUUUAUAAGGAAGGAAAUUGUUUGAGCUUUGACACAAA